AUGCUUGACCUACACUCUCUCCCCGAAGGCACAUGGCCUGAGCAGGCCAUUCGUAACAACGGCCCCGACAACCUCGUCUUGGAACGAGCAAAGCUGCGCGAGCUUGCGGAGGGCUGGCCCUGCUACCGCGAUGCUUGUGAAUGGGAGAACUUUGAGUCAAUCUUCCACGAGGACGCCCAUGUAUACACGACCUGGUCCGGGCGAGUUCAUUAUAAAGAUUUCAUUGCCGCCUCCAAGGCCGGCAUGGACAAAGGUGCCUUUAUCAUGCACCGCUGCCACGGAUUAACCACGGACAUCACCCCCGACGCCACCCGUGCCGUCACCAAGAUGAAGGCGACAAUCACGCAGCGCUUCACAAUUGACGGAUGCGAGGUUGAUGCAGAGGCAGACUGCCGAUUCUGUUUCUUCUUUGAAAAUGUCAACGGCCGCUGGGGCGCCCGGUUCGUUCGUCAUUGGUACGAGAAGGACAAACUGCUUCCUGUCAAUCCGAACAAAAUCCCACGCAUCAAUGAUGAGAAACUCAAUUCUUAUCCUGAGGGGUACAAGUGUCUUGCCUACUGUCAGGAGCUUACGAUGGGUGUCACCGUACUUAAGGAUAUGCCUGGACACAGAAGACAUGUUGGUACUAUCUGUGGAGAAAAGCAUGAUCUGCUAUAUCGGCUUUCUAAGGACUGGCUGGAUGGAAAAGCCAUUGAUGUAUAA